CAACGAUCAGUUGUGAACGAGACCCCACUGCGACAAGAUGGUUAAAUUGACUUUAUACGGCUUAGAUCUCAGCCCACCAGUUCGCGCUGUAAAACUAACUUUGGCCGCUCUUAAUCUGCCCUAUGAAUAUGUAAACGUUGACAUCUUGGCUCGGAAGCAUCUUUCUUCGGACUUCGUGGAGAAGAACCCGCAACAUACGGUGCCCACUUUGGAGGAUGAUGGUCACUUCAUCUGGGACUCCCACGCAAUCAUCGCCUACCUGGUCUCUAAGUACGCUGAUUCCGAUGCUCUUUACCCGAAAGAUCUACUCCAGCGCGCUGUUGUGGAUCAGCGGCUGCACUUUGAAUCGGGCGUGGUCUUUGCCAAUGGAAUUCGAAGCAUUUCCAAGCCUGUGAUUUUCCUUGGACAGACCAAGGUUCCAAAGGAGCGAUACGAUGCCAUUAUCGAGAUCUACGACUUUGUGGAGACCUUCCUCAAGGGAAAGGAUUACAUUGCUGGGGAUCAACUGACCAUUGCCGACUUCAGUCUCGUCUCAUCGGUUUCUUCCCUUGUGGCUUUUGUGGACUUGGACCCAAUCAAAUAUGCCAGGAUCAGCGCUUGGGUCAAACGGCUGGAACAGCUUCCCUACUACGAGGAGGCCAAUGGAAAGGGUGCCCGCCAGGUGGUGGCAUUGAUCAAAAAGACCAACUUCACUUUCGAAUCCUAAUAUUUACAUUUUGUAAUUGAAUAAUAAUAAUAAUUGUUCUAAAAA